GCCACCUCCAGUGCGUCCUUCAAAUCCCGCCAGCAUCACCCAUCCUAUUUAUCGAUCGUACCGGCCUACAGCUCAUUGCCCAAUUGAGCGAGGAAGCAGAGGCCGGAUCCAACAAAAGGUCGAGCACAUCCUCAGCGAACGAACGAACCCUGGUCGCGCAGUACGCCCACAGAAAGGGGAAGGGGAAGAACAGGGGACGAUCAUCAACACCAUCAUUAUAUCUCGUCCUGAGUCGUCCAUCGCUCACUCAAAGAACACGUGCAACUACACGACCGCACAGCAACUCUUAGAGCCCUGUACUUAGACAACGGCGUCUCGAUCAUCCUCAUAGUCGUCCAUCUCAUUCACCCUAAGCAGACUUUUACCUCACUACCACCAUCUCAUGAGCAUCAGAUUCACUUCCACGAUCCACCAUGCCGCCCAUGCUCAAGAAGAGUAACUUCAAACCCAGAAGCCGCAUCGGCGAAGCCAGACUCCGCGCUGAGCGGGAAGAGGCCAAUGCCCGCGCCGCCAAAGAAGCAUCUGCCGCCGCCGCUGCUGCUGCCUCUGCCGCUGCCGCCGCCGCCGCCGCCGCGAGCCAACGACACUCCAUCGCCGUCGCUUCCACCGGCCCUCAGUGCGCCAACAAGGCAUGUACCCAGCCCAAGGUCGUCGAUGGCGUUUGCCAGAACUGCGGCGUCGUCGCCGACGAAAGCAACAUCGUGGCCGAGGUCCAGUUCGGCGAGACCUCCUCCGGCGCCGCCAUGGUCCAGGGUAGCUACGUCGGCGCCGAUCAGGGCGGUGCUCGCACCCUGGGUCCCGGCAUGCGACGCGCCGGCGGCUCCGACCACCGCCAAAAAUCCCUGGCCGAGGCCAAGGCCAUCAUCCAGGGCUACGCAUCGCGCCUGAGGAUCGCCGCCCAGCAUGUCGUCGAUGUCGCCGUCCGCACUUUCACUCUCUCCUCCCAGCAUGGCUUCACCCAGGGCCGGCCCCUCCCCAUGGUCUGCGCCGCCUGCCUCUACCUGGCCUGUCGUCAGGAGAAGAACCACGUCAUGCUCCUGGACCUGGCCGACCUGACCCAGAUCAACGUCUUCCGCCUGGGCCGCGCCUUCAAGGUCCUCCUCUCCAAGGUGCCCACCCCGGGCGUCGACCCCGUCUUCCCCGAGGACAUCAUCCACCGCCUCGCUGCCAAGCUCGAGUUCGGCACCGACGUCACCAAGGUUGCCGAGGAUGCCCUCCGCCUCGUCUACUCCAUGCGCCGGGACUGGAUCGUUAUGGGCCGCCGUCCCUCCGGCAUCUGUGGCGCCUGCCUGCUCAUGGCCGCCCGCAUGAACAACUACCGUCGCACCGUCCGGGAGGUCGUCUACGUCGUCAAAGUCACCAGCCACACCAUCAUGGAGCGCAUGAAGGAGUUCAACGAGACCACCACCAGCAAGAUGACCGUCGACGACUUCCUCGCCGUCGACCUGCGCCAGUCCUCCGCCCUGUCCCACGACCCGCCCUCCUUUUACCGCAACUCCGACGCCUACAAGCAAAGGAUACAGGAGCGCCGGAAACGUAAACGCCCCGUCACCGAUACCGGUGAUGGCCUUCGAGACGCGAGCCGCCCUAAUCCCGCCACCGAGAUCGAGCGGGGGGCUUCCCGGUCGACUAACGGCAGCAACACUCCAUCAACCCCAUCACUAUUACAAUCCCAAUCCCAAUCCCAAUCACAAUCACAAUCACAGUCCACAUUGGCAACCACACCAGCUUCGUCUGCCCCAACCACCGGCCUUUCUUCCGGCCCCGACCUCUCUUCCGUCCCGAACCCGGCAGACUCGUACCGCCGAGACAAGGACGGCUAUCUCAUACCCCCAGUCCCGCCUCAAAUCAACGCCCAGGAACCGGCUUUGCGCGGCGCCGACGAUGCCGACUUUGAAGGCCUCAUCAACCAAUUCGGAGAAGCCAUGGAUGCUGCGGAGCAACAAGACGACUCCCAGCACGGGGAUCAUGACGGCGAUCAAGACGGCGAUCAAGACGGAGAACCCACGUCUACGACCACAUCCAGACCUCGCGGUCGACGCCCCAAGGCCCCCCGGCCAACCCUGCCCAUCAACGAGGAGUGGGAAGGGGACGAGGAAGACAUCGAGGACGAGAUCUCCGAGAUCAUGAACGACCCGGAGACCAUGGAGCACGCCAAGGCCUACGGCAGCGCCGAGCAGCGCGCCCGCCUGCACGCCAUGUGGGCGCUCCAGAACGAGCCGCACAAGGAGGUCUCCAUGGCCCCCGUCGUCGAGGAGGACGAGUUUGCCGACGACCCGGAGGUGCAGAACGCCAUCCUGACCCCCGAGGAGGCCAAGCUGAAGGAGCUCCUCUGGGUCAACGAGAACAAGGACUGGCUGCGCGAGAGCCAGCAGCGCAUGUUCCAGCGCAAGCUCGACGCCGGCAAGCCCAAGCGGCCCCGCAAGCGCACCAAGGCCCGCCCCGGCGAGGCCCAGACCUCGCCCGCCGGCACCCCCAUCGAGGCCGCCCAGAACGUCAUGAAGCACCACGGCAUGUCCAAGCGCAUCAACUACGACGCCAUCUCCAGCCUGCUCGGCAGCGGGCCCGGGGGCAGCCCCGCCCCCGCCACCGCCACCGCCAGCGGCCAGACCAGCAAGGCCAACAGCACCUUGGGCGAUGCGUUCCGCGAGGACGAACCUCCCCAGGACGAGGCCGACGAGUUUUCCGACUCCGAUGCUGGGGACGAAGACGAGGCGCAACGGGACUACAACGACUACGGAGACGAUUACGAUGAUUAUGAGAAUCCGGACGUGGACGAAGACGAUUACGGGCAAGGCUACGAGGAGGACGAGUAGUGGUCGACUCGUUCCACGCUGUCAGUCUACUGCCAUGGGUCUACUGUACUGAUAGAGCAAAGAUAGUUGUUGGUGGAGGAGGCGAAGUUGGUGAGGCGGAUAUCUGAUAGCGUACAUGUACAUGGGGAAUCGAUAAUUCAUCAGACCGACUCUUGGCCCUCGUCUAGUGAUGGCGUGAUAUCUUGUUGACACGGAUGAAGCGUGUGAUAUGGUGUCGUCGUUAAUAA